UCUGGUUCUGCCAGCAGUGGCGAUGCUCAAGAUGCACCACUCCUUAAGGCUCCAGAGGAGAAGUAUCGUGGGCCACUGCGGCUUGUCUUGUUAGGGCAGGGUGGAGUGGGCAAAACAUCACUGGCCCUUUAUCUUGCUGGUCUGUCUGAGGAUUCAGUAGACCCUGAAAGACUAUCAAGCGAUGAACCAUACCAGCGAAGGGUGACCGUAGAUGAUGAGGAGAGCACAAUCUUGGUAUAUGAUGACUGGAAACAGGAUAUCAACACGCUACAGUGUGAGGUGUGCAUACUGGUGUUCUCACUGACGGACCGCCAUACUUUCUACCGUGUGUUUCAGCUGCGCUUCUCACUGACAGACACCCAUCCCUAUACUCCUGUUGUCCUUGUGGGCAGCAAGAGUGACCUGGUGCGCUCCCGUGAGGUCAACACAGAGGAAGCCCACUCCAAUGCCAUGACGUUCGACUGUGUGUACCUAGAGCUCUCCAUUACACUGGAUCACGGCACUAAGGAGCUCCUGGAGACUGCAGUGAGGGUUGCCCGUGGCCAGAGUCCAGGGCCUGGUUGGACUGGUAGCAAACCUGAAAGCCUUACCAGCAGGGCCAAGCGCUUCCUGACAGGCCUGGUGCCACGCUCACACCGUGGGCGUGGCCGUGAGCAGAGAGGUAGAUUGACACGGCAGAGGUCUCGCUCCUCUUUUGACCUCGGUGCCCCAUUAUAGACAUGAUUGAGUAGCUGCACAC